GGGUUCUCCGCGUCCACAACCCGGAUAUUAUGGAUUUGGAGUUAGAGGUAUGGCAAUUAACGAGCCUGAUAAAUCCAUAAACAAUGCAGACUCGCAAGCAUUAUUUGGUCUGGCCAUGUAUUACGACAGCUGCAACUGGAGCAUGGGCAUAUGUGGGCAUGCAAAGCCCGACAGAGUUUGCAGAAGGGACGACAACGGAAAGCGGUUAACGAAUGAGGAUGGAACCAAGAAAUGCAUUGGAUUCGAAUAUAACUGAUACUGAGGACUUGUGUAUUUCCUCGGUAAAUUCAUCAAGGGGUGGGUUAUAUGGGAAUUCGAAGUCUGCCCGUGCGCCUCGAUC